AAUAACUCUCGAUUUUGCUAAAUUGUAUCAACAAAUGCGACUGAUCCACGUUUUAUCACUAGCUUGUAUCCCUGUAGAAUUAUUCCAACAACUGUUUGUUAUUCGUUCGCCUGAUCGAUGUUUUACGCGACGCUGAAUGUAAUGACCUGAUCAGUCAAACAUCAAAAUGUCAGAAUACACAGAGACGUCACCUUCUGAUGAUGCAAAUGACAUGCCAGUAAUGCAAGUGACAGAACAUGUCUUACUGGUUGAUAAAAAGAAUACAAAAUAUGGGGCUGAUGAACAAGAAAAGCCAGUUAUUAUACUGCCGGUCAAAAAGAGGAAAGUUGAAACUGUUAAACGACAAAGGGCCAAAAAUAUCGGUGUGUCACAGAAGCAGUGUAAGCUGUCUUUUCCACCAUGCAGGGUUUGUUUGGGACCAGGAACUGGGCUUCAUUAUGGUGUAAAUAGUUGUGAGUCCUGUAAGUCGUUUUUUCGAAGGUGCCUUACUCGAAAAGAAGAGUACAAAUGCUCUAAAGAUAAAAACUGUCCAGUGACUUCACAAGUUCGUGGGAACUGUUCUGGGUGUAGGUAUAAACGAUGUCUGGAAGUUGGAAUGUCUCGGGAAGCUGCUUGUCUAGGGCGCUAUACAUUGUCGCGUAGAACUAAGACGAUAAUGGAAGCGAAGGGAGAGGAAUAUAUAGAGACAAAUAAGUUUUCUCAUGGUGCUAGAAAUGACCUUUCCACACGUAGCAACAGCCCUGGUGAUAUUCUGUUACAGCCGUCUCGACAAGACAUUCCUUUUCAGUCAUCACCAAUAAUUGAAGUGGUGAUGGACGAGAAAUCAGAAUUAUCUGUAAAAGUUAUCAGACCAGACAUUUCACAAGCUUAUCUCGAGGAGCUUGAACUGAUUGAAAAACUGGUUGUAUCAAUGGAGCAGGUUCGACCAUUUGGAAGUAUAGUCUCUGACAUACAGAUAAAGGCCAAGUUGAAGGAAGAUUAUGACAACUUCAUGGCUAAGGCACAAGUGUUUGGCAAAAUGAAACCAGUUCCUCAAGAUGAGUACUUCGCUCUUCUAGAAAGUACAGGAAUUGACAUCGAUGGGCGUCAGGAAUUUCUACGGCAGUCGGCCAUGUCUUGCCAACCUGUACUCCACAGUUACAUUGCAUUCGCCAAUAUUGUCCCAGGUUUCUCUUCGUUGUCGCUUGAAGAUCAGUGUAGCCUAUUGAAGACCUCACACUUUGAAGUGUUCUUAUUUCUGACUUACAAAGGUUACGACCCCAACCUUCAAAUGAUACUGACAGAGACUGGGAAAGCCUACCACAUUGACCAAGCAGCUGAUAUCUUCUAUUCCCGCAAUCUCAUAGAUUCUAUAUUUGAUGUGUGCAAGAAAAUUCAGGCAUUAGAUCUGACGAAAGAGGAGACAGCUUUGUUGUUGGCAAUAGCAGUGACAUUUGGUGACAGAUGUCAGCUGGAAGAUUCUACUAAAGUUGAUGAAAUUCAGCUGAGGGUUGUGCAAAUAUUCAGGUCAUUCUUAAAAAGCUCUAGGCCAAAUGAUUCUUCAAAGUUCUUUACCAAAAUUGUUGACUGCUUCAUUGCCAUGAGAGCAGUCAAUGACCAGUACUUGAAAGAAUAUGGAGUGAUAUGCCAAGACAAGCUUGUGCAAAAAGAGGCCCCAAUAUGGCUGGCGUAUAUUAACGCAAAAACAGUACAACAAGGCAACCAAGAGGCACAUUCAGACUCAGUUUCUGGAGAGGAGCAAACUACGAAUGAAGAAAGCUAGUAUUUGUGUGAUUGUAACACCAUCUUGUGUAUGUAUUUAUAGGGUUUUAGCUAAAAUAUUAUGGAAGAGGGCUGCACCCUGUCCUUUUUUGGUAGCGUCCACCUGCCCUCAUGGAAACCAUCAUCAGUAGCCUCCUGACUUCAAAGAAUUAAAUGCUUAAGAUAUUAAAUGAAUUCAUAUAAAAUUGACAUAUUUGGCAGUUAAAACCUAAUCAAGCACAAUUCCUACUUUUUUGUGAAAUUCAUUAAGUGCAAACUCUUUACUGCCAGACACAAUGUGCCAUUUUCUCCCUUAGCACUCUGUCCUAUUUCUGCAGCACACUGUCUUUUUUAGAACUUGGCUAAAACCUUACUGUGUAUAUUUUUAUGUAUUGUAUAAAAUACAUUUAUUACGCAUUUGCAUUUUAAACUGAAAAACUGUACCUUCAUGUAUAUUGUAUUCUUUUAAAAACAUCUGUUAUGGGAUGGAUUCCCGUGAUGAACUGUUAUCUUUGAUGCCAUUCAUGAAAAUUUCGUUACCCAAUGAUAUUGGCCCGAAUGUUCAGAACUUUGUUAACAAUGUUAUAAACAACAUCAUUAUUAACUUUUUCAGGCAAAUAUUUUAGGAUGGGGGUCAUAGAUUUAAAUAAAACUACCGAGGGGGGGGGGGAUACAGCUAAAACAGUUAUCUCAUAUCUGGGUAGGAACAGUGAGGACUGUAAGCAUCUCUGUGAAACUUCCUGAGGAUCAGUAACAAUUUGAAUGUUAACAACGAUGAUGAUAACAAGGUUAACGAUGUUGUUAAUUCUAACAGAGUCCUGAACAAUCAGCCCAAAGAUUGUUAAGUUUAGAUUUGUCUUUAAGGUGUUUUUCUUUUUUUUCAACAUUUGAUUAGUUUGAUUUUGUACUACAUUUUAUUCAUGCUAAGUAGAUAGUCAUUUGAGCAGUAUUGUUUUUGUUUUGUUGAUAAUUAUAUCAAUAUGUAUUGGGGCUUCCAUUGAAGGUUGGUCCCAAAAUCAGCAAAUAUUUUUUUUUUUUAAAAACAAUCCUGAAAUUGUCAAUUCAAGCUCAAGUAUUAGGCCGAUUAUAAAUACAUAGUUUUUUAUGAUUUAAAGAAUACUUCAUUGCUGUCUCUGAUGAGUCUCCACGUUCAAAGCGCAUAAUGUUGUGUAUAUUUAGUAUGGGAAGGUCAUGUGAUUAGAAUGAAUACAUAAACUGAUGCUAUUUUUAAAUUAACUGGUAUUUACAUGGUAGACAAUCCCAGUAAAUUUCGCAUUGGAAAAAUAGGCAAAAACUGCGGAAGAUUUUUGUGUCGCAAGAGAUGUGAUACAUCAGUAAGUAAUAUUCGAUGCGUUGUACACAACAAUGUCAAGUUUAUGUAAGUUUUUGUCAAUUUUCUUUUUUUCUUGGAAUUUUAUCCUCUUGUGUCUAGUCCCUUUAAGAAGUUGAAAUAGUUAAAGUAAGAACUUCAUUGCCAACCAUUUUUGAAGUUCUUUCGGAAAUUAGGUUGUUUAAGUAUCUCGAACAAUAAGAUUUGUCCAAUACAGUUCAAUUAUUCUGAUAUAUAAUGAAAGAAUUUGCAUUAAAUCAUGCUCAGUUUAUGAAAAAAAUAAUUUUCAAUUGAAAUUUAUUAAUAAAUUUAGUUUAUUUUGAUAUUAUGUUGACACCAGGUUUUGAUAUUUUAAACGUCCAACCUUUCACUUUGGGAAGUUUCAUCCGAAAUGCAGUUAGUUUUUGUACUUCCAAGAACUCAAGUUUGGAAGUUUUAACCCACUUUUUGGGAGUAAUGUAUAAUUUCAAACUGAGUACGUAAUGUAUAAUUUCAAAGUUCCUUGAAUGGAAGCCCUGAUGUAUAAUGUACAUUAUUACAUCUGAUUUUUCCGUGUGACAGAUGUCUACCUAAAUUACUGCAAUAAUUUAUAUCUUUUUAUUUCAUGUUUUUAGUGGUUUAUUGAACAAUUUUGGUGGAUUAUAACCUUAUAAACUUGAUCGUAUAAUGAUAAGCAUGCCAUUCAAAGAGUGGAAGUUUAUCUCAAUAUUAGGAAACAUUUCUGUUCUCAUUUUAGGCUUUUUCACUGCAGAAAACCACCAUACAAUCAAUCGCACACAGAGCUUAAGGAAGUUUAUCAAUGACAUCAUUUUGUGAAUGACCCUCUUUGGUAGAAGAUUGAUUAUUCUGAUAUCAGUUAUUUAUUAAAUUCAAUUAAUAAAAAUGCAUGAAAUAAAAAAGUAAAAGAAAAAUUCUGUUUAAAAUUACAGUACAGUUCACACCAGGACACUGAAAGAAAAUAUUUAAGUGGCUUAGUUACUACAUGUAAGUUAAUUGCUAUUUGAACUUUAAAUACAUAAGGAAAACGAAAUAUGAUGAUUAUGUUAAACAUAUCACAGUGAUAAGAUAAGCAAUUAAUUUUAUAAAUGAUAAUAAAAAAAAUAUUAGAAAAUUGAAAACAGGGAUUAAACCCAUGUCCUUUUGGUCUGCAGUCUGGUGCCAUGUCCACUAGCCCACAGUAUAAAAAAAUUUGAUGAAGUUAAUGAAUCUUAUAAUACGAUUUAAAAAAUUAUCAACUCAAGUUGUUUAAAUUUGAAUGUUUAUUGUUAUUGUUUUCAAAAAACUGUUGUGGCUAGUUGUAGAUGCGUUAAAAGAGUUUUCUGUUUUGUUGGAACAUUUUAUUAGUAUGUAUGGUAGUCGGCUAUUUAGAAGCUUUCAAGAGGCCUCAUAAUCAACUUGUUAUGUACUUUUUAUUCUUUUCCUAAUUAUAAACAAAUUAACUCGCAAAAGCUGACUAUGCCCCUUUAAGUCUGAAACAUAGAUUGGAGUCCAGUUAUUUAACUGUAUAAAUAUCUUAUAAUAAAUAAUUAAUUGAUUACAUUUCAUCCAGGUACUUUUAUUAUGAUUAUUCUUUUCGCAUUAUACUUUGUUGUAAAAUAUUGUAUUUUGGUGAAAACUAUAGAACUGAAGAACCUUGUUGUUUUUUUAUGAUUAUGAUUGUAAUUGGUUAACUCAUAUGUGAUUUAUUUGUGAAAUGGUGAAUGAAUUUCUUACCAAUAUGAAUUGCACUAUUAUUUGAUUACAUAACUAUGGGAGAAGCUCAAUAGUAAACCUAUAAUAAGGAUGACUCAUCAUGAUUAAGCAAAUUAUGCAUAGAGCCACGCCUACGGUUUGCUUACGCCUACGGUUUGCAUAUGCAAAUUUGCAAUUUCAGUGUCAACACUGGUCCCAAUUUCUCGAAAUGUCUUAAGCUUAACAGACUUAAGUAGCGAAUUUCAAUAAGCCGAAAUACAUUCUAAAAUAUGUUUUCAUAAAUACAAAAUGGUUUAAUGUAAUUAUCUGAAGGAUAAUUCCUAUUUAAAGUCCAAAAUCUCUUAGCGAAGUAAAUAUAUCGCGAAUAAUAGACAAAUAAAAAUUGUGAGCUUAGCUAGAUCCUGUUAUGAAGUUUUAAGAAAUUGGGGCCUGAUUUAAAUGACCUCUCAAUGGGCCGAUUGCUCAGAACUUUGUUAAAGUUAGCAACGUUUCAAAGUCAUCGUUGUCAACUUCAAGAUUAAUGGAUAUGCCUGUGAUCAUAGUGUUCCUGCCCAUUGUCUUAGUCAGACCACUUUUUCAGCUUAACUUGUUUUAUUUUAAUAUAUUAACACAUGAUGAAAUAUUUCUCAUUUAAAAGUUAACAAUUAUGUUGUUAAUCACUUUGUUAGAUUUAACUUAGUUCUGAACAAUCAGUCCAAUAUCUUGCAGUGAUUGAAAGGUCUUUUUGACACCAGGCGCAUGGCUUAAUUUUAAAGCUGAUACAAUUUGAAAGGGCUAACACUAAGUUGGUUAGAAUUUAUUAAGGUAUUUCUUCUUGAAUUAGAAAACACUGUCUCUUAGCUGCGCUCUUUUUCCUUAGGUUACUUAAUCAAAAAGAAAUUACUUAAAGAUAGACUCUUACUGGACCCAGAUAAGAUUAAUAUUUCAAAAAAGAUGAAUAAAAUGUCGAAAACAAUGGGUCUUAUGAAGGAUACUGAGUUUAAUUUGAAUGAAAUGUUUAAUUUGAAUGAAAUAAGCUUAAAACAUGGUAUUUCUACCUCAAGAGACUGUAGUAGACCACAGUAAAUCUUUUAGCAUUCACCAAUCAUUUAAUAUUUUUGCGCUUUCUGCUUACACGGCUACAAUCUUGUUAUCAGUAAUUAAUAUUUUCAAUAAAUGCAUUAUUUAGUAAGUAGUUAAAAGGUUUAUCAGUCAAUUUGAUGUUUGUUAUAUAUGUGUAUGUAUUGAUUUUGAAUACGAUUUUUAAGAGUAUCAUUUUAAUAAACUCUAACCUAUACACACACUUGAAACUGUCACUGAGACUCCGGAAUAUUUGUUAAAUUGUAUUUAGAGGCUUUUCCACAAGAAUAGAAAUUGUUGCGGUUUAAUCAUCCUUGUAUUAGUUCAAUGUUUCUGUUGUUAUAUACAUCAGAUUUCUAAUGCUUGGCAGACAAAUUAUAUUAAUUUCCAAUAAACAAUGUAUCCGACAGCUUAUAUGUAACAUGUAGACAUUAGCCUUUCAGUUUCAUGCUGUCAAAUUUAAUUGCCUUAUUUCUUUCAAAGGGACUUGUCCACAGACUUUGUUGGCAUUGAGUUAAUAUACUCUGACCUAUAUAUUUAUAACACUUUAUAUAACAAAAAACAUUAAUGGCAAUGGCAGUUACACAUUUCAACUGAUUUUUUUUAAUGCAAUUUUGAAAUCUUUCAAUUUUGAAUAGCUUGUCUAACAUUUUUUAGUGUAUUUAAGCUUUUUUUUUACAUUUUUAAAUAUUUUUUAACAGUAGAGCUUUGCUUUAAAUUUUUGAUGAUGUUUUAUCACUGAAAGAAGCACUUUAAAUUCUUUCAGUUUCACACCAUUUUCUAAAUCUCACACCAUUUUCUUUUAGUUAAUUCACACCCUUUUUCUCAAAUUUCACACCAUUUUCUUCAAAUUUCAUACAAACAUAUACGGUAUUCGAUGUCUGACCCCAUUAUAAAAAGUGAACGAGUCCCUUUGACUUUUUUCUUACCUCAUCUGUUAUUUCGAGUUCUGAAGUCAAUUUACAUCUACAUAUAAACUUACCGGUGAAUAACAUUACACACACGCAACAAUUAACUUCAGAUGGCUUAUUGUACAGGUAAAAUUUAACUUCUUGUUCGAUUUAUAUUCCAAUAUUUGUUUUAAAAUUAUGUGCUGUUUUGAUAUAUAUUUGCCUUUUCUAUUGAAGAUAAUUUUAUGCCAUUAAAUUUGA